GGAAGAGGAUCUGGGGGAGGGGCAGUGCCGAGAGGUUGACGAGCGGGUUGGUGAAUGAGUUUACGUAUGGGCUUUGGCGGAGGAAGUUGUUGGAGAUGCAACAGGCUCGAAGGGGCAGUAGUGGUGGUACCGUGGUGAAAGGGGCGGGGCCGAAGACGAAGAAGGACAAGGGCAAGAACAAGAACCAAGCCGCGUCCUCCUCGUCGGUGAGAAAGAAAGGUACCGGCGGAAGUGGCGGAGGGAACGCUGCCGUGGACGACGGACUGCUCACGGAUAUCAGGCUCUCGGACGACGUCGGGCAGUACGUCUGCGGCCUGCUGUACCACGCCUCGCUGGCGGCUAUGCAGGACCUCAGGACCAUGUACCGGGACAAGGGGUCGCACGGCGCCAGGGGCGUCGUCUUCUUGCAUGUGCCCCCGCUCGAGGGCGAGGAGGAGCUCGCGCGGGGACUCGAGGUCGUGCUGGCGCUCAUCUCGGCGCUGGUCGAGUCGAUUACGUGAAUAUAGGGAAAUUGCCCGGGCACAGCGCUCGGGCUACGCGGGGGCUGCUGUACGGCAGACACUGUUCACUUCGAAUCUCUGUAAGCUGUUGAACGAGUUUCUAGCCAAUGGAAGACACUAG